AUGGAGACCGAGUGGCACACGCUCGGCAAAGUGCAGUACCAGAAGUGGCCGCUCUACGCUAUGGACUGGGCCGCUCAGCACGUCGUGGACCUGCGCGACUACGUCGUCGCCUGUGCGCCGUUCGGGGGCCCAAUCGCGUUGUUGCGCGACGUGAAAAAACAGCUUAAGGCCGCCCCGCCGUCCUCCGAGCCGUCGUCCUUAUCCCGUGCAUUACAGCUUUACAACGCCUGUGGCCAGCAAUUGGGCGCUGUGGAUUGGACAGCGUUUGACACGACGCGCGAAGUGCUCGUAAACAUGACAUGGACCGACGAGCUGCGCCUGCUGUGCGUCUUUACCAGCGGCACGUGCGUCACGUUCGGCCUCACGGGCGACGAAGAGACGCGUUUCACGCUGCUGCCGCCGGCGUCGCUGGACCAGAUCGCCACGUUUGAGGCCUGGGGCAGUGGCCUCGUGGCGCUCACGGAGAAGAUGGCGCUCGUGCAGGUGCUGGACGUGGACUCUGUGCGGCCGAAGGUCUCGUUGCUGCCGGACUGCGGCCUCUCGGAGGCCAACCCGCCCACGUGCAUGGCGGUGCUCGAGCCCAAGUUCCUCAAGAGCAUUUACCCGGACGUGCUGCUGGGGACGACGAACCGGUCGCUCGUGAUUGUGAACAAAGACAGCGGCGUGCAGGACAUGAAGCUGCACGAGUCGAUUGCGGCCCCGAUCUCGGCGGUCGCGAUCGCCCCCAAUGGGCUCUUUAUGGCGCUCUUCUCGCAAGACGGCAUCUUGACCGUACUGAAUACCAUGAUGGACAAGAAGAUCCUCACGUUUGAUACUCAGAGCAAAGCAAGUCCCCAGCGCAUGUGCUGGUGUGGCGAAGACUCCGUGCUCAUGUACUGGCCAAGUGCAGGGCUCGUCAUGGUCGGACCCUAUGGCUCGUGGCUUCGCUUUCCGUACUCGGAAAGCAUUGUCCUGGCCCAGGAAGUGGACUGCUGUCGAGUCUACAGUGCAUCAUCGCACGAUAUUGUCCUUCGGGUGCCGACGUGUGUCGAAAACAUUAAGGGCGUUGGCUCGACAGCGCCAGCGGCAAUGUUGUUUCAAGCGCUGGACGCGUUUGACUCGGGCGACGCCAAGGCCGAUGAGCACAUUCGCUUUAUAUUGAGUCAAAACGCAUUGGAAGAUGCGAUCAAGGACUGUGUGGACGCAGCGGGCAGCGAGUUUGACUACGCGUCGCAGACGACCUUGUUGCGCGCUGCGUCGUACGGCAAGUGCUUUGUAGACUCGGCUACGGACGCUGUGUCGGCACUAUCGGGAGGCACUGGAACGGGAGGCGGCAACUCUAUGAUGGAUGCCGAGAUGUUUGUUGACAUGUGUCGAAAGAUCCGCGUGUUGAAUGCGCUGCGCCAGCAAGACAUUGGCUUCCCCUUGACAAUAACGCAGUUUGACCGGCUGACUGCAGAAGUUGUAGUAAGUCGGCUUGUGGCAAUGCGUCACCAUUUCCUGGCCCUCAAGAUCUGCGAGUAUUUGAACAUUACGACGGAUCGAGUGCUAGUGCACUGGGCUUGCGAGAAGGUAAAGGCGGCCACAUCAUCUAACGCAUCGGAUGAAGAGCUGGUGGCGCUCGUGCGCAAAAAGCUGAAAAAGGCAACGCUAGUCUCGUACGCUGACAUUGCCAACUGUGCCGAGCGUGUGAAUCGGCGGCGGCUCGCUACGAUGUUUUUGGAUCUGGAAGAAAACGCGUCCGACCAGGUACCACUACUGCUGUCCAUGGGCGAGUUUGAGUUAGCACUUCGCAAGUCACUCGAGUCCAAUAACACGGAUCUUAUCUAUAUGGCACUCUUCCACCUAGAGCGCACGCUACCGUCCAUGGACGAGUUCCGCUACGUAUUGAACCGCGAGCCGAUGUACGCCGAGGCCGUAAACCUCAUGCUUUUGUACUACCGUGCUACAAAAAGCUCGAGCAGCGCUGCGCUGUGGACUGAUGUGGCUAGUGCUGAGAGCGAUUUAUUGCUAUCGUUCCAGACCUCGGAUCUGGACGAGAAGGUCACGGCAUUGAAAGAAGCAACGGGCAAGUAUAACAACGCAAAGCUACCGGCUCACGCCAAGCUUACUGAGGAGCAAAUAGAGCUGCUGCAGGAGCAAAGCAAGCUAGAAGAGAAGCCUGAAAAUGUAAAGCGUCGUAAGCUCGUGGGCGUGUCUAUCUCAAACACGAUGAAGAUGCUGCUACGUGAUAGCAAGUAUGAGCCGAAGCUGCUGCCCGUCGUUGCAGCAUUCGCGAAGAAGUUCAAAGUGCCGGACAAACGGAUGUACCGCGUGAAGAUCAAGGCUCUGGCUGAGACGCGGCAGUGGGAUGCGCUGCACAAGUUUUCUAUGGAAAAGAAGACUCCGCCGUGCGGCUUCAAGGCGUUUGCUAUAGCGUGUCUUGAAGAAGGCGAGAAACAGCAGGCCGAGAACUACACGGCUCGCAUCACGUCCGUGGACGAGAAGUUCGAGACGUUUAUUCAUCUCGACAUGUAUAGUGAUGCGCUCCAACUCGCCAUCAAGCUCAAGGAUCCUGAGAAGCUCACGAAUGUGCGCAACCUAUGUAACGAUGACGACAUUUGCAACCAGGCUGAUAAAGCGGCCGUGGAGCUGGGCUUCGUGUCCUAA